UUCUCAUUUUCGGAUUACGCUUCUAGCAUGUGUACUAUACUUGAACGAAAUUCGGAAAAAUGUCUUCUUGUUGCUAUGCCAGCCUUUUGUGCAACACCUUAUUUAACUUGACAAAUGUACAGUAGAAGCUAACACUCGAAAUUUCAUUUCUCCUAUCAGAUCAAAGGAGCUGUGAGUGCUAGUCACUCUGUUAUAGGAUCAUUAGGGAUCCUUGUAGAAUAUUGUCUAAACUAAAAACAAUAAAAUUAGUGGAAAAUGUAAUAAUACGAAAAACCAGUUCGAAUGAAACGUCGUCGUUUGCUAUCCGUUUAUGCCUAAAGCAGACGGCAUGACACGUUGGUCUCAAUUUAUUUUUUAAUUAUCGACAAAAACAAUUAUACGGAGAAAAAUAUUUUCAGGUAUUUUAUGCUAUUUAAUUCGAGAAAUAAUUUCCGGAAUCAGGAAUCAAAUUCCAGUUUAAAAUGUUUUGUUACUUAACAAUGAAAUAAAUAAUAUCCGCUUAACGAUUUUUAUAACAAUAUCAAUUAUUUGAUUGUUUUCACCGUAACGUCGUGUCCAAUUAAGAUCAUGGAUUAUUUGACGAUACAAUGCAAGGAUAAACAGAGAAUUACUAUUUCACAUUCGGAAUUAUGCGACAACAGUGGAAUAAUGAAGGACAUGAUUCUUUUAUCUCCAAAAUAUCAAUCUAUUACGUUUCAUUUUUCGUUUCACUAUAAUGUAAUGUCAUACAUCGUAAACGUUAUGAAAGGAAGUCGUCCACCGAUUACAUCUGUACGACACGCAAUGGAUAUAUACGAUGCCAACACAAAAGUUGGUGCUAAGAACGUAAAUAGGAACGUUCGACGUUAUCUUCAUUCGGCGGUUACUAUUAAAACUGUUUGCGCCAUACACGAUUUUGCAUGCCGUUAUAAAGAAAUAUACAUCGAGUACACGUGUUGGAUACAAUUCGACCACCAUUGGAAAGACAUAUUCUUUUCCAAUUACCACUUUGAAUGUGAAGCCACCACCAUAGACAGAUUGGUUUCUCGACCCGUGUAUCAAACACUGGACGAGCUGAAUCUUUUCUGGAUUGUGUACGACUGGGCGAGUAGAAAAGCCGGCACCACACUACCCUUGAGGUCUGUUAUGAAGCCGUACCUUCAGAAAAUUCGAUUCCUGGCAAUGGAUCCAGAAAAUAUAGAAGAAAAUCUUUUCCACAAAAUCAGAUAUACUGUACUUUCGGAAGAGGACAUUCGAGGUAUCAAGCAUUAUCAUUCGACCGGAGACGUAUCGAGAGUUCCUUGUGAUAUUUGCAGCUAUACUUUCGGAAGGAGUGAGAAAUUUUAUCGAAGAUGGUUCACGUAUUUAAGUAGAAGAAAAUUCGGAAACGAAAGAGAGAUUCCCGUGAACGAAAAUACGAAGUUUGCUUCGGAGAUAUUCGUGCUCCAGGAUUGUUUCGUCACCCCGAGCAGCUGAUUCGGAAGAUUUGUACAAGAAAAAGGAAAAUAACCGAAGCUAACGAUAACAGUUUUUAUUUCGAUGUCUAACUGUAUUUUUGAAUUGAGGAACAUUUCAUAAUAAUAAUAAAAUUCCUGGC